UUUACAGUUACUCGCUAACGGUGUCUAAGUAAGCACAUUGUUUGUGAAAAUGAAAUGUGAUUCGUGCCUCAUGCCAACCGUGGGGACAGCGCCACAGGUGUUCAAUUCAGCAUUUCAGUUUUUUGCAGCUGCUCAAUGUCUGAUUACAGAAAAUUGGCCUACAAACGCUGAUGUAUGUGACUUUGAGACUUUUGAUUUCAUCAUAGUCGGUUCUGGUUCGUGCGGAUCCAUAGUGGCAAAUCGACUUAGCGAAAAUCCAAAAUGGAAAAUAUUAUUGAUAGAAGCUGGCGGUAUCCCGCCCGUCGAGAGCAUAAUAACAGCAUUCGAUCAACAGCUUAUGGGUAGUGAAUUUGACUGGGAUUUUAGAACGGUGAAUGAUAAUAAAACAAGUCAAGCUUUAAUCAAUGGGUCAGUACCGUGGCCUCGUGGUAAAUUGCUUGGCGGUGGCUCCAGCCUCAACGGAAUGAUCUACAUAAAAGGAAACGACAAUGACUUUUUGCGUUGGUAUAACGCCGGUAACAAGGAAUGGCAUCCAAACGUCACAAGGAAAUAUUUUGAAAAAGUCGAAAAACUAAAGGAUAAAAAUCUUUUAAGAGAUCCGGCUACUAGAAACAACUACGGCCACAAUGGACCAGUUAUAAUAGAUUCUUUACAAAGUCCAUACAGAAAUGUUACCAAGUAUGUUAUUGAUGCAUGGGAUGAAAUUGGUUUAAAGCGUAGUCGUGAUGUGAGUGCCCUUAAUGCGUUUGGAGGUGGAACUUUUAGGGUUACGUCAUAUAAGGGCAGAAGACAAAGCACAGCGAAAUCGUACCUCAACACAAUCAAGAAAAGGAAAAAUUUAAAAAUAUUGUAUAAUGCAUUUGUGACUGAAAUUCUAGUUAGUUCCAACGAUAAAACUGCUUAUGGCGUAAUGGUUGAAGUUAAUGGUGAAAAGAAAGUAUUCUAUGCUCAACUAGAGGUAAUAGUUAGUGCCGGAACUAUAAGUACGCCUCCGUUACUAAUGUUGUCAGGUAUAGGACCUUGUGAUCAUUUGAGGGCUAAUAAUAUAAAUUGCAAGGUCAACUCGCCUAUGGUAGGGCAAAAUUUGCAAGAUCAUUAUAGCGUACCUGCAGUCACUGUAUACGGCGAUAUACCCAAAUUACAGACCACUGAGGAACAAAACUUCGACGUCAUAAGAUAUUUGUACAAUCGAGAAGGAUAUCUUUCGUAUAUAAGUUCAGCUGAUGUAACGGCCUUAUAUUCUUCAUCUGAGAAUGCUUCUUAUCCAGAGUUUCAGGCUUUUCUUGUAAUUUAUGAUAAAAAUUCGUCCGGGAUCCAAGAAGGUUUAUCUAGACGUAUGUUUAAACAAAGUGUUAUAGAUUCUAUAUCGGAAAUUAACGUCGAUCACUCGUUGUUCCAAUUCACAUUCGUACUUCUACAUCCGAAGUCUCGAGGAAACAUAUCUUUAAGUUCGAAUAAUCCCAAGGAUAAACCACUCAUUUAUGCAAAUUCGUUUGAUCAUCCUCAAGAUAUUAAAAAAACCCUUAUCGGCAUGAAGAAGUUGAUCAGUGUAGUAAAUAGUACAUAUUUCAAAUCCAUUGGUGGAUUUUUAGGUAGAAUAAAAUCUGAAGAAUGUGAUAAUUUUGCUUUGGAAAGCGACGAUUAUUUAGUAUGUAUUUCUAAGUAUAUGUUGACCACGAUAUAUCAUCCUGUUGGGUCUUGUAAGAUGGGUCUUGAUAUAAAUACUUCCGUGGUGGAUAGUCGUCUGAGGGUGCACGGUUGUAAAAACCUUCGAGUGAUAGACGCUAGUGUUAUGCCUACACAAAUUAGUGCUAACACAAACGCUGCAAGUAUGAUGGUGGGUGAGAGAGGGGCAGAUUUAGUUAAAGAAGACUACAAUUAUACGACGUCGCACUAAUAGUAUAAUGUCUGAGAGUAAAGAGUAAAGUAAAAGUAUGCAUUACAAGUAUGUGAAUAAAAAAGAAAAUAUGCACAUUAUGUUAUUUAAUUAAAACUGAACAUUUCUGCAACAAGACAAUUUUACCAGGACACGCAGUUACUUUCAGACAAUAUUUGAGGUAAAGAUGAUAUUGUUAUUUUAAUUUGUACUCCGAAUAUACGUCUUCGUGUUAUUUUGAAAUGGUAUAAAAUAAUAACGAAUUAUUAAUAUUACUUCGCGUGUAAAUUAUAUGUAAAAUUGAUUU